AUGGCUGCGAACCAUCCUAUCCACAUUCAUCCGGCACGGCCGCUUUAUCGCUUCACAGCAACUGCCUUAGGUGCCAGCAUGUGGUUCUUUCUCAUGUAUCGUGCGAAGAAGGAUGGCCCCGCUUUGUUGGGUUGGAAGCAUCCUUGGGACCAUUGA